GCCAUGCCUGCCGGCCCCACUGCUGGCCCUGCGGCUGGCCCUUCCCCGGCCAGGGGCAGCCCGGCCAUGAGAGAGGUGGAGCCCAAGGACCAGCCCCUCACGGUAGCGCUUCGGAUCCGUCCGCUCAGUGACACAGAACUGGAGGAAGGGGCCGCUGUCAUUGCCCACAAGGUGGGGGACCAGACGGUGGUGCUCAUGGGCCCCAGCGAAGAUCCCGAGGACACGCUGCGCACACACCGGUCGCGGGAGAAGACCUUCAUCUUCGACGCUGUUCUGGACCAGCAUGCGUCGCAGGAAGAUGUGUAUCGUGCCACCACCCAGCACCUCGUGGAAGGCGUCGUGUCUGGGUACAACGUGACGGUGUUUGCCUAUGGCCCCUCAGGCGCGGGGAAGACCUACACCAUGCUGGGCAUGGACACGGAGCCCGGCAUCUACCUGCGGACCCUCACCGACCUCUUCCGGGCCAUUGAGGAGGCCCGCGACCAUGCGGACUGCAGCGUGUCCAUGUCUUACCUGGAGAUUUAUAACGAAGUGAUCCGGGAUCUCCUGAACCCAUCCUCGGGAUUCUUGGACCUGAGGGAGGAUUCUCGGGGCAACAUCCAGAUCGCAGGCAUCAUGGAGGUCUCCACCUCGAACGCCCAGGAGAUCAUGCAGCUCCUCACCAAAGGCAACCGGCAGCGCACGCAGGAGCCCACGGCCGCCAACAAGACAUCCUCUCGCUCCCACGCAGUGCUACAGGUCACUGUGCGCCGGCGGAGCCGCGGGGCAGACUCACUGGAAGAAGUGCGCGUCGGGAGGCUCUUUAUGGUGGACCUGGCGGGCUCGGAGCGGGCGUCACAGACCCAGAACCGCGGCAAGAGGAUGAAGGAGGGCGCCCACAUCAACCGCUCCCUGCUGGCUCUGGGCAACUGCAUCAGUGCGCUCAGCGAGAAAGGCGGCAGCCGGGCGCAGUAUGUGAACUUCCGGGACAGCAAGCUCACAAGACUGCUGAAGGACGCCCUGGGGGGGAACAGCCGCACAGUGAUGAUCACGCACAUCAGCCCGGCCAGCACAUCCUUCGAGGAGUCUCGGACCACCCUGCUGUACGCCUACAGGGCCAAGAACAUCAAGACGCGGGUGAAGCGUAACCUGCUGAACGCGUCCUCGCGUAUCGCGCAGUACACGGACGUCAUCUCUGAUCUGCGCCGGGAGAUCGAGCGCCUCAAGUCCAAAACUGAGACUCAGGAGGAGGAGAGGAGAGGCGACCCUGGCACCCGGGAUGCGCAAGUCAUGAUCCCCGCCCACGAUGGAGAGGAGGAUAGCCGCCUGCAGAUGAACAGGAUCCGGGCGCAGCUCAUCGGGGCCUUCAAGGAGCAGCUGGAGAUGCGGCGCAGCCUGGUGGAGCUGGAGAACUCCAACAUCGAGCUGCACGUUGACGUGUCCCGCCACCUGCUGGCCAUUGCAGACUGGGAGCAGGAGAAAACCCACGAGCACGUGCACAGGGACAGGACACCAGAGAGGGACGAGGAACCAGCAGAGGCCGAUGCGGAUGGGGACGAGGGCGAAUCCUCGGAGCCGCACGAGGUGGCUCUGGCCAGAGAGGAGGUCAACAUGCUUUUGGCUGAGCAGCGGAAGACCGCGGCCCUCAAGGCUGGGCUGGAGCAGCGGCUGGCCAAUGCCAAGAGGAAGGUGUCACAGCUGGAGAGGCUGCUGCCCACGCAGGCCGUCAGCGAGGACCAGCGGGAAGUACUGCGGCUACUCUGCCGGGCGCACGAGCUGGAGGUGGAGAACACGGAGCUGUGGGCCGACAAGCUCUGCCGGGGGAGCCUGCUGCGUCAGAAGGACCUGGUGAUCCAGCGCCACCACCAGCACCGGCUGCUGUGCGAGCGGCUCAUCCAGGACCUGUGGCAGCUGGUGCAGGGUGGCGGCAUCAAGGUGCCAGAGGCCCUGGACCAGCGCUUCCACCUGUAUUCACGGGAGCUGGGCGCGGGCUCGCUGAACCACCUGCUGCUGCUGCACUCGGUCCUAUCCAGCUCCCUGCAGGAUGGCUCGGCCCUGAACAUAUCCACCCCGCCACCGGAGGAGGCCAGCCAAGACCAGCCGGACGACAGGAAGGACCUCCCGUGGGGUGCCCACUUGGAGCUGCCGCUGAUGCCGCUGGAGACGGACAGGUACCCGUACUCUCCCCUCUGCCGUCUGGGCAUCGCCGUGCUCUCGGCAGGCACAUGUGCAGAGGCCUCCGCGGUGCACACGGUGCUCAGACACCCCCUGUCAUCCAGCCAGCGUGGCUACAGGUCCUUGGAAGCCACACCAUCGAGAACGCUGGACAAGCAGGAUUCCCUUCUCCCUCCACCAUCCCUCCGUGUCCUGCCGACCCCUCCAGCUCACGAGCCAUCGAACUCCCUGAGUGUGAAGAAUUUGGUCUCCAAGCUGUGCUCCAUGACCAGCCCAGACCUGGGCACCUCGCGGGCAGCAGCGGAGGCCAGCAGCCCGGCCCUGAGCGCCCAGGCCCUCGAGGACAUGGCCGUGAGCACCAAAAGCAUCGCCCUCAUCGCGGCUGCCCGGCGCUUCAAGGCACAGGACCGUGGUUGGGGCAGCGGCCACUCCUCCCUCCACCUUCCGGAGGAAGUGGCCCUGGACUCCAGGGACCCGAAGGCCAGUGUCACCCCAGCCCCGAGCCCAGCAGACCGGAGGUGGCCCCUCGCCAGCCCGGGCAGGGACCACUCUGUGGAGAGGAAGGCCAGGAGGAAGCGGUCCCCAUCCCUCACCUGGAGUGUGCAGCCGGUGCCGGACCCCACCGCUGACAGCCAGCCGCCCCCAGCACUCCCACAGCUGACAAAGCCGUCUGGGAAGAGCUUCUUCCCCGCCGUCCCCACGGCCUCCAAGAUAAAGCCCAGCCUUAGCGUCCACACAGACGAGAAGAGGCCCCCAGUGCCCGAGGUCAGCUUCACCUUCCCCAGUGCCACGUGGCAGAGCAGCCCAGGCCCGAGCAAGGCCCCGCUCCGGCCCCGGGACAUCCGAGGUCCUGAACCCAGUGGGACCGGCGGCUUGGGCCAGGCCCGGGACAUCCGCACCAGGGACAUGGCGGUGGGGACUCUGGCUUUGCAGGAGUCGGCCUCCACCACGAACUAG